AUGGCGACGUCAGAAACCGAGCCUCUGAUAAAUAAAAAUCCCGCUCUACAGUCCUACUAUGCCUCCCUGGAAUCCAGGAUUGGCUAUCGCAUUAUUUUAGGCGGCACUCGACACUUCGGAUACUAUGAGCCCGGCAGCUGGUGGCCUUUCCCAAUCACCAAGGCGCUUCGCAGAAUGGAGGAUCAUCUCUUCGACAGCUUGAAUUUACCUCCAGGUUCCGCUGUUCUCGAUGCUGGCUGCGGUAACGGCCUUGUUGCAAUGCACCUGGCCCGUCGCAAGCUCAACAUCAAGGCUGUGGACGUGACCGAACGACACGUGGCGAGAGCUCAAAAGAACGUCAUCGCAGCUGGGCUGGAAAAGGCCGUGACCGUGAGCAGGGGAGACUACCACCAUUUGGAUGCAUUCCCGACCGCGUCUCUAGACGGAGUCUACACCAUGGAGACACUAGUGCAUGCAACAGACACUAAGUCGGUUCUCGACGGAUUUUUCCGCGUGUUGAAGCCUGGCGGUACCCUCAUGCUAUACGAAUAUGCACACAUCACCCCGAAGGAUGCGCCCGAGGUAUCGAAGAUUUUCGGUCAAGUAAAUGAAUAUGCCGCUAUGCCUGCGAAUGCAGAGUUCGAAGCAGAUACCCUACUGUCGCUGGUGAAGGAAGCUGGUUUUACCGACAUAAAGAUGAACGACCUGUCGGAAAAUGUGAAACCGAUGCUACGCUUGUUCUUUGUCAUUGCCUAUAUUCCUUAUCUUUUUAUCAGGCUGUUCGGCCUUGAAAAGUACUUUGUCAAUGCUGUGGCUGCGAUCGUUGGCUAUCGAUACUACGACAUCCACCGUUAUGUGGCCGUUCGGGCGACAAAGCAGAUGACCGCAGAUGACCAUCCUUUGGAGCCCAAGAAAGUCCAAUAG